AUGUCGUCAGUUCGUCGUGAAUCAACAUCAUCAUCAGGAUCAUCGAAAUCGUCGGACGAUGAAGUAUCAUCACGCUUUCGAGAUGCUUCAGAAAAAUCAAAAGAUGUGAAAAAUACGGGCACCUUCCAGCGUGAAGGGUCGGCGGCGAAAAGUACUGUUAGUAAUACAGGUACUGAGACAAUCACAGUGCGUAGUGGUUCAUCGGCGACUAGUCACAGAUCAGCACAUUCUACUCAAAAAUCAUUCGAUGCAGCUAGUAUUCAAUCAGGAGACAGCAGAAGUACUAAAAAGUCUUCUACUGUUCAGCCUACUGCAACUAAUUCACAACAAAAACAAGUAGCUAGCAAUCUUCCACCUGAAGCAAAAGUAUCAGACAAUACGUCGACUGCUGUCAACAAGCCCAUUCACAUCGAUGUUAAAUCAGCACAACAACAAUCUCAACAGCGUCCAGUUCCACCUGAUGUUAGCCCUUAUAGUGGCUCAACUUCAUCCUAUACUGAUGGUUCAUUGUCAAGUCCAGGUAGUGUUUUCUCUCAGCAACAAAGUCAAGUUAGUAAUACUAGAACUGUACCGACCUAUCAAACCAGUACGAAUCUAAACAGUGGAGCAAACCAACAAAGACCUCAAUAUCAACAACAAACUAGUGGACAAUUUCAUUACCAACAACAACAACAACAACAACAACAAGCACAAUUUGUAUAUCAAAAUCCAGCACAGUCAAGUAUUCCUCAAAUAUUUGGUGCGGAUGAUUUUAAAGAUGUUGCUUUAAAUAUUGAUUACGGAGCAAUUGAAGCAUACAAUGUUGGUAUGGAAUUACCCGAUGAUUUCAGUGCUGCACAAUCGGCAGGUGGUGCUGCUGGUGGAGGUGGAUCCCAAUUUGAUGUUGCCAAAGCAAUAUUCAAUCAAGUUGAUACUAAUCGUGAUGGUUCAAUCAGUCGACAAGAAUUUCAACAAUGGACUCAACAGAGUGGUCAAAAUUAUGGUGGGCAAUCUUAUGGAGAUUAUCAAGCGCAACCAAUGGCAACAAACUACGGAAAUAAUUUUAAUCAUACUGGAGUUUUAGAUGGUAGUAGUCCUCAGGCAAUGAAUAUACUUCGACAAAGUGGUCUUGGACAUUUUGCUUAA